CUUCAACACUCUUCUAAUCUCUCUCUCUUUUUCUCAAUGUUUCUUCUCCCUUAAAAUCUUCCAACCCUCUUUCCAAAAUCAUAUUUUUUAUAAUUUCUUAGCUUCCACCAUUCAUGGCUACGGCUAUGGCAAUGUUGCCAUUCUUUCUGUCCCUAGUUUCUCUGUGCCUCAUCAAUACAAAAGGGGUCCUCACUUUUGAAGAGAAGAAAAUGUUCAACGUGCAAAUGUUGCAGAAGAAAAAGCAACUUGAUACCCAGAGUUGCCUCCUCCCGGAAUCAAAACGGGUGAAAGGUGCUAUUAUACUGGAAAUGAAGGACAGAGGACACUGCUCAGAGAAGAAAAUUGAUUGGAACAGAAGGUUUCAGAAGCAGUUAAUAUUAGAUGAUCUUCGCGUUCGUUCAAUUCAAAGCAUGAUACGAAAAAUGGUAUCUAGCCAUACUGUAGAAGCUUCACAAACCCAAAUUCCAUUAUCUUCUGGUAUAAAUUUGCAAACUUUAAAUUACAUUGUGACUAUGGGAUUGGGUAGCCAGAAUAUGACAGUGAUAAUUGACACUGGAAGCGACUUGACAUGGGUCCAAUGUGAGCCUUGCAUGUCAUGUUAUAAUCAACAAGGACCUGUAUUCAAGCCUUCUACCUCCUCUUCCUAUCAAUCAGUUGCAUGCAACUCAUCAACAUGCCAAUCUCUUCCAUUGGCUACUGGAAAUACAGGAGCAUGUGGAAGUAAUCCAUCAACAUGUAACUAUGUGGUUAACUAUGGUGAUGGGUCCUAUACUAAUGGUGAUCUCGGUGUUGAACACCUUAAUUUUGGAGGUAUUUCACUGAGUAAUUUUGUGUUUGGCUGUGGUAGGAACAACAAGGGUCUAUUUGGAGGAGUUUCCGGUCUCAUGGGCUUGGGAAGAAGUUACCUCUCACUGAUAUCUCAAACUAGUGCUACAUUUGAAGGAGUUUUCUCUUAUUGUUUACCAACCACAGAAGCUGGUGCUUCUGGUUCAUUAGUUAUGGGUAAUGAGUCUUCCAUUUUCAAAAAUGUUACUCCCAUUAGUUACACAAGGAUGGUUCCAAAUCCACAGCUAUCCAACUUCUAUGUUCUCAAUCUCACUGGCAUAGAUGUUGGUGGUGUGGCUCUUCAAGCUUCAAACUUUGGCAAUGGUGGGAUUUUAAUUGAUUCUGGCACAGUGAUCACAAGACUGGCUCCAUCUGUCUACAAGGCUUUGAAGGCAGAGUUCUUGAAACAGUUUUCUGGAUUCCCUCCAGCACCAGGUUUUUCAAUUUUGGAUACCUGUUUUAAUCUCACUGGGUAUCAAGAAGUCAACAUACCUACCAUAAGGAUGAAUUUUGAGGACAAUGCUGAACUGAAUGUGGAUGUUGCUGGCGUAUUCUACAUGGUAAAAGAGGAUGCUUCACAAGUUUGUUUGCCGUUUGCAAGCCUUUCUGAUGCAUAUGACACCCCAAUUAUUGGGAAUUAUCAGCAAAGGAACCAAAGGAUAAUAUAUGAUACCAAACAGUCCCAAGUAGGAUUUGCUGGGGAACCAUGCAGUUUCGCUUGAAUAGGGAACUUUCCUAUAAUAGAUGUCUUAUGGAAGAUGCAAAUCUUAUAAGCAGACUUAAGCAAUAGUAUCGGCAAAACCUUCCAGUGU